AUGGCCGCCAAGCGAAGCACCGCCGCCAGGGAGAUCGACCUCGCGGUGGUGAUGCCGUGGAUGAAGAGCUGCAAGCGGAUGUGCCUCUGGAGCUCCAGCGACUACGAGGAGACCAGCGCGCUUGGCCAGGGCGCCUUCGGCAUCAUCGUCGCGGCCCGCCACCGCGCCACGGGCGAAGCCGUCGCCGUCAAGAAGGCUCUCCCUUGUCCUCCCUCCCGCAACGUCAGCACCAGCACCGACAUGAUGAGGGAGGCCGCGUUCCUCGCCACAUGCAACGGCCACAGCAACAUCGUCGAGCUCCGGGCGGUCGCCCUCGAGCCCAUCGGCUCCUCGCUCGAGAGGCUCUCCCUCGUCAUAGGCCUCGUUGGGCCCAGCCUGCACGAUGUCCUCCACCACAAGCGCGGUGGCCGGCCCUUCCCGGAGGCCGAGGUGCGCCGCAUCAUGAAGCAACUCCUGGCCGGGGCCAAGCACAUGCACGGCCUCCGCGUCGUCCACCGCGACAUCAAGCCCAAGAACAUCCUCGGUGUCACUGGCGGCGCUAGGGAUCGAAUAGAGCGCGUCAAGAUCUGGAACCUGGGGCUCACCGUCUCCAUGUCCGAGCCCAUGCUCUACCAGCGGUGCGGGACGCGCCGGUACAUGGCGCCCGAGGUGCUCCUGGGAAAGCCCGACUACGACGCCACCGUCGAUGCCUGGUCGCUCGGCUGCGUGAUGGCCGAGCUCCUAUCCGGCAUGCCCCUGUUCGACGGGGAAGAUGACGCCACCCAGCUGCUCUCCAUCUUCAGCAUCCUGGGUGUGCCGCUCUUCACCCUUUGGCCGGAAUACAAGUCCCUGCCGCUCGCUGGCAAAGUGGUGCAGCCGCCCUGCAAGCUCCACCGCAACAAGUUGCGCAAGCAUUUUCCGGAGGACCGUCUCUCUGAAGAAGGCUUCGAAGUCUUGCAGGGGCUCCUCUCCUGCAACAUCAACAAGAGGUUGUCAGCCACCACCGCACUCAGGCGGCCCUGGUUCACCAAGAACACCGUCAACGCCCAAGUUUGA